UGACCUGUUCAUAGGUAAAAUUCACACCCAUUGCUGCAGCCAUAUAAGAGAGCCGCUGCGAAACAGCUGUUGAGAUAAGAAUAAACACAGCAAACCGAGCGCUUAAACUGUCCAAGAGAAUCACCGGAGAAGACUGCCUCAAAAUGGACGACAAGAAGGACAAGAAGGGAAAGGAUGCAUGUGACUCAUACAGCGAUGGCUGCACAAAGGGCAAAGAAGAGCUGAAGACAAAGGUCAAGGUUGAGUGUAAAGGACACGAGCAGAAAGGACAUGAGCAGAAAGGACACGAGCAUAAAGGACAUGAGCAGAAAGGACACGAGCAGAAAGGACAGGACCAGAAAGGACACGAGCAGAAAGGACAGGAGCAGAAAGGACAUGGACAUGGACAUGGACAUGGGCCAGGACAAGGACAAGGACAUGGGCCAGGACAAGGACAUGGGCCAGGACAAGGAGGAGGGCAUGGACAAGGACAAGGACAAGGGCGAGGGAGACCUUAGUUCCAGCUCCAGCUCGUCAGGCAGUGAUGGGGAAGGAAAGCCUAAAGCUGGACUCGAGGAACAGAAGAACAAGGAAAAAAAGAAAAGGAUGCAAAGCAAGUCUACCCCUUUCAGUGCAGAGCUUAAUCCAGCCCAUUGUAGACCUGCAGAAACAGCACUUUGCAGCUUGAAUUUAAACAGCUCAGUUCUGCACACUUGAACCAUCUGUAUGCCAUCAUUAUGUUUGCUUGUUUUUCAUUUUUGAACUUGUUCAUUUGUUAAAGGUGUCUUCCUAGUUCAUGGUUUCCUACCUACGCUUGAUCUCUGGCUUGUAAUUGGUUACUCUAAUAAAGACUACGUCAUGGGAAC